AUGGCAGCCACCGACGGCCAAGUUGUGGCCGCAGCAUCACGCUGGUGUGAGGAGGGAAGCUACCUGCGAGAGUUUGCAGUCAAAAACCGACUGCCAAGCGUCGCCAAGAUCAUCAAAGGACAGUAUGGAGGCCUUGGUGUACCGACACUACCAAGUCCUGGACUUCAGAGCACUGCAUUGCUCGUUUCAGCAGGAAAACGAAAGAAAAUAAUAGCACAAGCCAUAAAACUCAAAGAAGGAAGGCGAAUGGUCAGUGUUGGACCCCGAAUAGCCAUCCCCGAAACAUAUAAAGGCUAUUUUGAAUUACUAAGCGAAGAAGGUCGAGCUGUACGAUGUAUCGAAUCAGUAUCAGAACUAGCGAGGAGAAAACUAGACGAUGGAUGCCUUGUUAGAGAACCAGUUAGAGUAAUUUGUGCUAAAACAGACUUAGAUGGCAAUGUGACAGCUGAUGGAGCCAGAAAUCUACCAGCUGGGGAGGUUAUCAUGCCUAGAGGAGAAACGUUCUUAGGUAAAAAUAAGUAUUUGAAAUGUACAGACUCCAAAGGAGACAUGGUGCUCUUAAGUCUGGAUCAAAGAGGAAAAUUUUCUGCAGUUGCUAAGGAAGAAAAUAUAAGCGGAGUGCACACAGCAAAAACUUUGUUGACUAAACGAUUGCCGAUCACUGUAAGACUAGUGCACGGAACUCCACCCAGGGGCCUGAAAAGCGCCAGUCAUUUUGUCCCAGAAUUAAGACUACUGUCCAUGUUUGAAGAAGAUCAUGUUUUUGCUCUGCCCCUUCCCAAAGAAGGUAAUGCGUUAGUAGCGCUACCAUUAGCGGCGCCACUAAAAAUGCAAAGAUGCAAAAACGAGGAUCAAAUAAAGAACUUCAUGGAAUUUUCUAGACUAGUGGAAAAGUGUAAUCGAUUGUUAGUUGAUGUCGUGGAUCGAAUACAUGUGUUGGAUGGAAAGUUAGGUGAUCCUAAAAGGCUCCUGAACGGACCUCUUCACGCCCCACCUUUAGUCAAAACUGGUUACUUCCUUAGACGCAGUGCAUCUUCAGACACGGCGAACCAACACAAGCACAUGUCUCGCCACAACCACAUCUACAGCAGUCAUCGAGACGAAAACAGUAUCCCAGACGAAUAUGACGAAAUAGACCAAAUUUACGACUACGUUAGAGGGUUUGCGCCUCUACCUAAGAAUAUAAAAGCUUCAUAUUCGAAUGAACCAUCUCCAAGGCACGAAUCAGCUCCAGCAUCACCCGCAGCAACUCCUAUUCACAUGCCUUUAAUCACGGAAAUUAAACCAGAACCACCGCCGAUAGAGACGAUACCAACAAAGAAGCCAUUGAACAUUCAAAAAGCGGAGAAGAGAACGAGGAAGGCUCCAACACCGAUCAAAGAAACUCCAGUCACUGUUUAUAAGGAAAAAUGUUCCAUAGCGCCUGCAGCAAAUCUUCCAAAACUGUACAUCAAAAAUAGUGUGAACAACAGUAAGAAUAGAAUGGUUUUCCGUCAAAAGAGUACUUCGCCGACUAAAGAGGCACCUAGUCCAGUAGCUAGUCCGAUACGACCGAUCAAAGGUGACUCCCCAAUCUUCAACAUAAGGUAUAAGAGUCUAUCAAAUAUCCACCAGGCCAUGGAAUUGGAUGGCACGUUAGAUUCGAGCCAUUCUGGAGGAAGAACGUCUGGGGAUUCUGGUAAUGGUCCGAAAUUGCCUGAAAAACGGUCUAGGAAGUUAAGCAGGCCGAAGUCAUUGACGAAUCUGGUUUGGGAGCUAAAGGGAUGCCCUGAUCCGGAGAAACCUAAGUCUAGAGUAAAGAAUGAAAGCUACAAGAAGAUUGGUAACAAAUUGUCCUUGGGAGCUCAGAAAAGGGUGCCGACGUUGUAUCUUUAG